AUGACGCCGCCACUCAUUGCACUCGAGGAGCAUUUCCUUUCCACUGCCGUGCUCGAUGCUUUCGACGCGCAGUACCAGGAGCAGUUCAAGGCUAUCCCAAUGGCCAAGGAGAAACUCCAGGAUCUGGACAGUCUCAGGCUAAGCGAGAUGGAUAAGGGCAAAGUUACCAUGCAGGUCAUCUCUCAUGCGUGUGCUCCUGGAGGUCCGAGCCCAGAGCAAUGCAGGCAAGGCAACGACCAACUCGCUGCCGCCGUCCGAAAGCAUCCCGAUCGCUUUGCUGGGUUCGCGGUGCUUCCAGUCGCCUAUCCCGAGGAGUGCGCCCGGGAGCUGGAGAGAUCAGUGAAGAAGCUCGGGUUCGUUGGAGCCCUCAUCGACAACCACGUUAAGGGGGUUUUCUUCGACGGCAGCGAUUACGAUGUCAUGUGGAAGAAGGCCGAGGAGCUGGAUGUCGCAGUCUACUUACACCCCACCUGGCCUGCAGAUAACAUGAUGUCGAUGUACACUGGGAACUUCUCGGCAGGGGCCAGUCGAAGUCUGGGUGCGUCUGGCUGGGGCUGGCAUACGGAGACUGGACUACACAUACUUCGUCUCUACGCCGCUGGAGUCUUCGACAGAUUUCCCAAACUCAAAAUUAUCAUCGGACAUUUUGGCGAGAUGUUACCCUUCUCACUCCAGCGCAUCUGCAACCUCAGCGUUCGGUGGGGCGAUCAGCAGCGCAAGCUGAGGCAAGUGUGGGAUGAAAACAUCUGGAUCACGACGUCUGGCGUAUGGAGUCUAGAUCCUUUGAGAUGUAUCCUGGGCAACACGAAGAUCGACCAUAUUCUGUUCAGCGUCGACUAUCCCUUUGAGAAGAAUGAGAAUGGUCUGAAAUGGAUGGAUGACCUUGAGCAAAGCGGUCUCGUGACGAAGGAGGAGCUGGAAAUGAUUGCCUACAAGAACUCUGAGAAGUUGUUGAAGCUGAAGGCACCGGGGCACGCGAACGGGGUAAACGGGGUGAACGGAGUGAACGGGCAUUGA